GCAGAAGAGGAGAAAGCAGUGCAUUAUAGUGCUUCGACAUCAACAGUCUCGACGCGUCUGUUCGCCUAAUAACUACUCUUACCGCAGUCGUAUUAAAACGGCUGGCAAAAUGCAGUAUAAUCGACAUCGUGUCCGCAUGAAACGUUUUUGCUGGUGAUUUUUUCCCUCACUCUUGAUAGAUGACUCUUCGAAACAGGGACAAAAACUGGACACUCGCACUUUUUAUUUAUUUCUGUGCUCCACAAAUACAGUUGUAGACGGAUACAUGACUCGAACGUUUCACCAGUCAUUGAGAUUACUCGUUGUUCACAUUUACUGACUGCUCCACCAGCUCACCUCGGAAGGAAAGAGGGAUACUUGAACCUCAUGCCUCCACAAAGCCAUACGUGAGGCAAGGCUUCCUCCACACCGACAGACCAGCAUGGAGAAAGGGGUCCGAACACGACAUGAAACAGGAGCGGCAGAUGAGAAAGAUGCUCUUACUCAAGGGAAGAGCCCAUUAGUGGGGAGUGCAGACUUGGGACAUGAAUGUUGCAAACGUAAUGGUCUGAUCAAUACCCACAGCCUAAUGGUGGAGACUAAGGAAGGACUGGUGUCGGUCUAUUCUGCCCCUCAGUACCAGGGCCAUGUGGUGUCCAAGGACAUGAAUGGGACACCGGAUGGUCGAGGACCCCCACAGUUGCUCAACCCCAGCGCCCUGCCCCAGGCUAUAGACCCUUACUACAGACCCAACCUCCUUCUGUACCCCGAGAGCGUGUUGAGAGCUUGGGGAGAUGGGGGGGACUGCUGCGAGACCACCUUCAUUGAGGAGAUGACCCCCGCCUCGUCCGGCUCCGCUGUCACUAAAGACGGUCUGUUCACCGACGGCAAACUGCUGGAGCUCUCAAUGGAGGACGCCAAGAUCCAGACGCUCUCCUAUGAUGUAGAUGACGACGACGACGACUUUCAGGAACUCGAGAGUGAGUACUCAAGUGACUCAGAGAGCGAAGACAAUUUCCUCCUGAUGCCUCCGAGGGACCACCUGGGCCUCAGUGUGUUCUCCAUGAUCUGCUGUUUCUGGCCCUUGGGCAUCGCAGCUUUCUGCCUGUCUCAUGAGACUAACAAAGCGGUGACUAAAGGAGACUUUCACCAUGCCAGCUCCAGCUCCAGACGGGCGCUCUUCCUCGCCGUACUGUCCAUCACCAUUGGGACGGGCAUCUAUGUGGGUGUGGCCGUGGCCCUUAUUGCAUACCUCUCCAAAAACAAUCACUUGUAGCCUUUCCAUGCCCAAAUCACUCUCACAGUCGGAUAAAGCCUGGUUCACUUUGGGAUCAGCUUCUUUGGGAAACACCCGAUGGUCACGAUACGGGACUCACCAGCAAUGUGUUCCACUCCUGCACUUUUAAAAGUCACGUUGCCAUUUUGUUGGGAAGAUCAUCAUUUGUGUAAAAUGUCUUGGUCACUUUUCUGCAUUUUCAUGUGAACGUGCCACCACCAGUAUUUUUUUCUUUCUUUCUUUUAUUUUUUUUGCGCUCAGUGUUUGUGCAAGUGCAAAUCUAAUGCUACACACACACGUUUUUUUGGUAGAUUAAAGUCAAUAUGAAAUCAAAAUGAACCUGAUUUAUUUUCUUAAUGCAUGUUCUUAAUCAUGCUGAAUUCAUCAAAAUGUAUUUAUUUGCUCUGCCACUCCACAACUUUCCAUAUUUGUCAUCAAUACAGUCAGUUCCCAUUGGAUGAAAUCAGGGACCGGUUGCACCAGCUGUGCGCAAGUUACAGCUUAGCCUAAUUUUGACGCAAAGGUCCACUAAGUUACAACUUAUGGUGAGUGCACACCAAAAGCAAAAUGAAUUAUUCGCACAUGUAAAUUACAUAUAAAGUCAAUGCAAACAGGCAUAUAUAUGCAAAUUUGUGCUGGCUGACGCGAAUGAUGCAAACUGUGCAAUGCCGUUGUCGUGAAAGCGUGAUAUUCGCCUCAAUCGUGUCUUCUGCAAGUUGUAAAAUUUCAACUCAAAGCGUAAAAUUAGCAUGAAGCAUUGUCAUGAAAGGCAAUCAACUAAAAAGCUUAUUGACACUUGGCAUCAGAAAAUUUAUUUAUUGUUUUUAUGUUUUUAGUAAUUCAAAAACAUCCCGCGACUUCACUAGAUUGAGUAAUGCGAUACAAAUUUUGCUUUGCAUUUUGAUGUGCAUACACCAUUAGGCAGUAGUAAAAAAAUUUUUGCAUUGCACCAACUUAAUAUAUAAACUUAAAAUGUAAUACAAAAGCCUCAGACAAGAAGUAAAUGUCGGAAAAAAAUAGUACAAUGAUUGAAUUGCAUCAAUAAGUUCAUGAUUUACCUGACAAACUACAAUUCUUUAGACAUACGAUGUACACUCUAAAAAAUGCUGGGUUGUUUCAACCCAACUU